ACCUUAGUUAAAUACUUACAUUACUUUCUUUUUAUUUGCUAUGUGCAUCGUUAAUGUAAAUACUAAAAAAAAAAUUUUUCUAACAUCAUAUUUGCUUCCUGAAUGUGUUAUAUAAUUUUGUAUAUCUUAAACUUCUUCACCCUAUUUCUGUCCCUUUUUAAAAAUAUUAAUAUAUUUUUUAAACUUUAUUUGAAAUGUUUAAAUUGGUGUUGAAUUAACUUAAUUAAUAGUCUUGUAAAUAUGAGCAUGAUUUUAUCUAAAUAAGCUGAUUUUUACUAAACUAUAGUCAUCUGCUUUUUGUAUAAAUAAAAUCCAUUAUUUAUGAAUUAUAUUUCAUUUGAGAAAUAAUAAUUUGUUACUUUAUUUUUCAGAUAUCAGAAUCUAACUGGUUGCAUCCACAAUAAUAAUUUUACCAUUUUAUUUUAAUUUCAGAUUGCUGUGCAAAAGACGUGUUGAAGCAUCAGCAGCUACAUUGUAUAUAUCGGAGUCAUUGGAUAAUGAAGGUCUUCAACAUGUUGGAUGAAAGGGCAAGGGACAGUCUGACAAAGCAUCCUUAGAAAUGUCUCGAUUCAGACGAGCGGAAACUUAUACUCUCAUCAAAUUGCAAUUUAAUCUAACUGAGGAUGAGGAAAAUUACGAAUGUUUGCAAGCGCCAGAUGAGAUAAUUGUUUUAGACACUACUGCUGCAUCAAGCCAGUCACAAGACAUAACGCUACAAGCGCCACUAUCGAAUUCCGAAAAUUUGGUUACACAUGAUGUCAAUGUGUUAUUCUCGAGCGGCUCCAUGGAUAUAAGUAAUUUAUGCAACUGGCCGCUAGAAGCUACACAUAGUCAAAGUCUAUAUAUAAGUCGAAAAAACGCAAUCAAAUUUUGCAAAGUUGUAAUGAAACUCAAUUUUUGUGAACCAGUAUAAAUGAUUUGCAACUGUUU